AUGGAGUCGAGCUGGGCUCUCGUCAACGCUGCCACCGCCGCGGAAAACGCCGCUGCUGGCACUAGCACAAACUCGAUCGGCGAAGAUGGCACCUGGACCAACAUUUCGUCCGUGUCCGGGGCCUUCAGCGUGGCACUGGGCGUGUCUGUCGUGGCCUCGACCGCCUCUUCGCCCGCCGAGCCCGUUUCUGUCUCUGUCACAUCCACCGCUGCAGACGCCAGCGGCUCACUGUCUGCCGACUCGGCCACGAUCGUAGAGGACGCUAGCAUACACACCAUCAAGUCGCCGCACGCACGAAUUCCCACUUCUGCUGCUGCUCAAGAAAGCCUUGGCGCAUGCUCGCCUGCUCCGUCGUCUGUCUCGGCGCUUGCCACAGGCCCUGGAAGCUCGGCCGUCUCUGUCGCCGGCUCGACCUCUGCCGGCAUCAACUCGUGGGCGACGCUUUCGCCGGACGAUGUGACUGCGUGGGUGGCCAACGGUCGCUUCCAACCCGUGUCUGCGUCUGCGGGUGGCCAGCUGGCGUCUGCAGCUUCCUCCUCGUCGUCACCCCCAACGGGCGGUGCCCAUGCCGACGGCGAUUCCGUUGCUGGCGAUUCUCUGACGGACACUGCCUGGGGCCACUCUGACCGGACCCUCCAGCACCGCCGUGAAUCUCCCGUCGUCGACUAUGCUGAUUACGAGUUUGGUGACGAUGAUUUGAUGGAUAACGCGGCAUUGCUGCAGGAAGGCACCUUCAAGACGCACGUCGGAAUCAGCUCCCACGUCACCUAUUCCCAGGCGUCGCGGCGACUGUCCAGUUCGUCCUCGUCUUCUUCGUCCUCGUCUUCUUCGUCCUCCCGCUCCUCCCGCUCGUCGACGGGCUCCUUCGAGUCCAAGCCCUAUCUCGACUCGCACCGUGUCUACCACGAUGUGACUGGUGAGGCGCUUGGACGACUCCCCACGCGCUCGCCUUCCAGCGUGCCCUCCUCGCCCAAGGAGGAUGGUGGCUGGGAGGCAUUCCUCACCCCACAGACGCGCCAUCUCCAGCCGGGCGAGGCCGAUCUUGACGACUUUAACGAUCUCGGUCGCAACCGGACUGCCGUCCCACCACCGCGUCCCGUCGCCGCGACCACCACCACCACCACCGCUGCCUCCAAAGCGGGAAAGAAUCGCUCCUUGCUGGACGACGAUGACGAUUUUGGCAUUCCUUCCAUUGCGUCCAUGUUUGAAGAGCCAACCAACUACGCUUCCACGUCCUCGCGCACCAUUCCCUACUGGCGUGACGAAAAUGAGGUUGCUCGCGCUGGUCGCGGGGUUGGCGGUCUCGCGGGCUUGCGCAACCUCGGCAACACGUGCUUUAUGAACUCGGGCCUGCAGUGCUUGAGCAACAUUGCGCCGCUCACGAGCUACUUUGUGAGCAACGCCUUUGUGGACCACAUUAAUCGCGACAAUCCGCUCGGCCUCAAGGGCAAGAUGGCCGACGAGUAUGGCGCGCUCAUCCGCGAGCUGUGGAGCGGCAAGUUUGACUGCGUGGCGCCAAACUCGUUCAAGAAGGCGCUCGGUUCGUUCGCCACGCAGUUUGCCGGCUAUUCGCAGCAAGACUCGCAGGAAUUCCUCGCCUUUUUGCUGGAUGGUCUGCACGAGGACCUCAACCGCGUGCUCAAAAAGCCAUACGUGGAGAAGGUCGAGUCCACCUCCACCGACAAUCUGGAGGAAGUGGCACAAGAGGCCUGGCGACGACACCUGCUGCGCAACCAGUCUGUUGUCGUCGACUUGUUCCAGGGCCAGUUCAAAAGCACCGUCAUUUGCACCACGUGCAACAAGGUCUCCAUCACGUUCGACCCGUUCAUGUACGUCUCGGUCCCCGUGCCCGUCUCGAACGAGCGCGUCAUCGUAACUCACUUUGUUCCGCGCGACACCCAACUUCCCGUCGUGCGCAUGAACGUGACUGUUCCCAAGACGGCCAAUCUGCCCAUCCUGCGCGCCAAGAUGGGCGAAAUGCUCAAGGUGCCGUCGUCGUCGCUUGUUGUUGUCGACCAUUUCAAGAGCUACGUCUUUCGCGUUCUGGCGGACGACAUGGACGUUCGCGAAAUUAGCGAGAGCGAUGAGAUUGUCGUGUACGAGUCGCUCCCGCCUGUCGAUCUCCCCGCCGCCGAUCCCGCGCCACAAAACCUAACCAACAAGGAUGCAGCAUCUCCCAGCCCGCUGCCGGCUCCCGAGCGCGCUCCUGGCAUGCACCCCGAGCUCUAUUCUGGCAUUGGCUUCAACUCUGUCGUGACGACGACCGAGGCCGAUCAUAACGUUGCUCUUGAGACGGUCGAUGCCAUUGUGGAUGCGAUUGUUGCCGUGGGCGCAACCGGCGACAAGGGCAAGGCGUUGGAGGCCGAUCCUCCCGUGUAUGUCGCUGACGAAGGAGUGGUGCCUGCUGCUGCUGCUGCUGCUGCUGCUGCCAACACUUCUGCACCCACCCCCGUCGCCGCUGCGCCAGUUUUGCCGCCCGCCAAGGAGCCUGCAUAUCUGCCGAAUGGAAAGCGCAUCUGCAAGAUCUGCUGGGAGGAAAAGUACGACCGCGAUCUGAUGCAGCACCUCAUCCCCAGCUGUCGGGAGCUGUUUUGCAAGAACUGUGCCGAGGAUUACGCCGAGCGCGUCUUCCUCGACGCCCGCAUGAAACUCAAUGCACUCAAACGCGACAAGAAAGCCAGCCGCGAGCGAAAGCGAAUGGAGGCUCAAGCCAGACUCGAGGAGCGCCAACGAAUGAGCGAGGUCGGCGAGACGGUCAAGGUGAUUGUCGACUCGUUGGACGGCGACGAGACAACCGUCUUGGAAUGCGACCCGCUCAGCGUUCCCGUCAUGUUUGGUGCUGCAACGCCCUCUGCAACCACAUCGGCGGCGAAUGCCGAUCUCGACGACGACGACGACGACGACGACGACUUUGAUACACCCAUUGCCCGAUUUGGAUGCGGACGACAUGGACCUUUCCUUGCCCAGCCUGCAAGGAGAACAUUGACCCCAUCACGUUCAAGGACGUCGCCGUCACGGAACGCCCUGUUGCUGGUCCACGCUCUGUUCCAGCCAAGUCUGUGUUCUUGUAACCAUCCUGCGCAACCUUGGGCACCCGCUUCCCCAGAACGGCAAGCUCU